UCUUGGAAGCCAGUUCUUCAGUUUGCUGAAGGAUUUUCUGCUCCCGUUUUGUGGCUGACGUGAGCAGCCCUCAGCAGCUCCAGACCUUGUUCAGAUUCUUCAGACAGGUUGAGAAGUAUGGCAGUGACAACUCGUCUGACAUGGUUGCAAAAAAAGAUCCUGCAAAAUCAUUUUGGAGACAAAAAAUUUAGCCUUCUCUACAAGGCAAGUGUCCAUGGAUCCUCAACAAAAGAUCUACUUAACAGAUGCUGUAAUCAAGGACCUAUCGUAACAGUGAUUUAUGGUGAAAAUGUUGUUAGUGGAGUGUAUGUGGAAGACAAUUAUCGGGAAGAAACAACUGUCUCCAUCAUUAUUUUUGUACUUGGAGAGACUGAAAUUUCAGAAUGUAAAAUUUCAGAAUGUAAAGCAGAAUCAUAUGGAUUAUUUGUGAACCAUCAUAAUAAUGAAGAAUACCGUAUAAAUCUACAGUCUGGAAGGGUACUUAUCCCCCCAAAAAUAGCUAAAAGUCUUGAACUACCUCCAGGACAUCAAUGUUCCUUCCAGGAGUGUGAAGUUUUCCGAUGUGAAGACUCAGUGGAUGAAAGAAAGAUACAAGGGCUCACCCAGCUCAGGGGCCACUUAUUGUUGGCCAUGAGAAAUUAUAAACCAUAUGGAGACUUGGUCAACCAAGUGAAAAUUCUGCUUCUGGGUCCGAUUGGAGCUGGAAAGUCUAGUUUCUUCAACUCUGUGAAGUCUGUUUUCCAAGGCUAUGUAUCACAUCAGGCUUUGAUAGGCAAUGAUACAACUGGAACCUCUAAGAAUUACAGGGUCUAUUCCAUGAAAGAUAGGAGCAAUGGUGACUCCCUGCCAUUAGUUUUGUGUGACUCCAUGGGGCUGGGUGAAGAUGAAGAAGGCCUGUGCAUGGAAGACAUACUCUCUAUCAUAAAAGGCCAUAUUUCAGACAGAUACCAGUUUAAUUCCAUGAAUCCCAUCACAUCAAGUCAUGUUAAAUAUAUAGAGUACCCACAGCUGAAGGACAGAAUCCAUUGUGUAGCAUUUGUGUUUGAUAUCAAUUCUAUUGAACACCUCUCUUACGAGAUGGUAGCAAAGAUUAAAAGAAUUAGAAGAGAGAUGAUAAAGUGUGGCAUGCUACAUGUAGUUUUGCUCACUCAUGUGGAUAGUAUGAAGCUGAUUACAAGGAGUGACCUAAUGGACAUAUACAGCUGUGUUCCUGUGAAAUUAAAGAUAGAUGCAGUCCAUAGCAAUCUUGGAUUUCCUGUUUCAAACAUCUUGGUGGUUAGCAAUUAUAGCUCAGAGUGGGAACUGGAUGCUGUCAAGGAUAUCUUAAUCCUUUCUGCACUGAGAAGGAUGCUGUGGACUGCAGAUGACUUCUUAGAGGACUUUCCUCUUGAAUAGACAGAGAUCAGUGAAAGAAAAUUGUCAAGUGUGUAAAAAGAAUAAAACAUAUAUGUGAGCACUUCACAUAUUAUCAAUUUUGUCACACCUUGAAGAGUGAAAUUGAGGAAGACUAAAACACAGAAAAAGAGAAGUAACUGAGGACGAAGGGAUGUAUUGUAUCUAGGAUGAAGAUCACAUAUAAAGUUGUAGUACCUAUAAAUAACUUGGAACAGCAAUAUUUAAAGUCAUUAACUGUAAAAUUCAACUUUAACUCUCCUUGAAUUUAUAUUCUGUAUCUCUGAAAAUAAAGUUUAUUCUUAUAAAACCUGGGUCUAACCAGAAUCUCUCUCUCUCUCUCUCUGUGUGUGUGUGUGUCUCUCUGUCUCUCUCUUGUUUUUGUGUGUGUAUGAUUUUAGAAACAUCUUAUUUUAAUAGGACUUGACAGAAUCUUCUGAUAUUCACCCCUUUUGUCUGAAUUUUACCUUCUGAUUUCUAAACUACUUUAAACUCUUUGGAUCCUCACUUAAUGUUGUAUUCUUUAAUAUAAUUCAAUUUUUGCUUAAUAUCUAACCCUCUUCUUGGAUGUGAUAAAUUUAAUACAGUUUCCUAGUACUAAAACUGAAAGAGAUUAUUGUUAGUUACUUUGUCAAUUAUGACUAUUUUAGUUAUAUGUAGGAAAAUGCAACCUGAACUACAUGCAUAAAGAAGGGGACUAUACUACUGGAUGAUAGAAUCAAACCAAAGAAAUGGCUGAGACUGAAUUGGCCUUAGAGGUGACUGAAUGUAGGGAUUAAAAAACUAUUCUUUCUCUGUAAACACAUGUAUCAUCACUUCUACCCACCUGCACUGGUCAAACCAAGGCACGGACCUAAAACAAAUUCAAGAGCCUGCACAAUUCAACUAAUUCACAAUGAAGUCAUGUUAAAUGUGUGCUUGCAGAAACAGUGAAGAAUUGGGACCGGUGGUGUAAUAGCUAUCUCUUUAUCUAUUGUCCCUCUAUAUAUACUAGUAUAAACAUAAAAUAACAAGAUGCACAAUUUCCUUCUUUUGCUUUCUUUUCCGUUCCAAUGUCAAAAGAAAGCCAAUUACUCUCUCAUGGGAAGAACAAGAUACAUUCUCUACUCUGCUCCAAAGGUACCUGUAUUUUCUAGUAAAUUAUCAUAAAGCAGUGAGAUAGGAUUUAUACUUGAUCAUUUUCAAAAGUAAGCUGACCCUUGGGCCAGCGCCAUGGCUCACUUGGUUAAUCCUCUGCCUGUGGCACCGGCAUCCCAUACUGGUGCUGGGUUCUAGUCCUGGUUGCUCUUCUUCCAGUCCAGCUCUCUGCUGUGGCCCAGGAGUGCAGUGGAGGAUGGCCCAAGUGCUUGGGCCUCUGCCCCCGCAUGGGAGACCAGGAGGAGGUAUCUGGUUCCUGGCUUCAGAUCGGCGCAGCGCACUGGCUGUAGUGGCCAUUAGGGGAGUGAACCAGUGGAAGGAAGACCUUUCUUUCUGUCUCUCUCUCACUGUCUAACUCUGUCAAAUAAAUAAAAAAAAUUAUUAAAAGUAAGCUGACCCAUUACAAGGAUAUUGUACUGUUAACUUCCCUAUUGGGAAUAGAACCAAAACAGAAAUAGAUACUCUGAUUUUCAUUCAGUUUUGAGGAGAAAUCUUGGACUGGGAUAUUGGGAGAUUUUCCAUAGAGUAAGUAACAUAUAUGGUUAUGUACUGUCUUUGUAUGUAUAUACUAUAUUUUUGCCAGGCUGUACUAGCAAAAAGAGGCACAAUAGCUUGUGGGGUUACCUGGAUUGUGAAGAAUAAACAUAUUGCACCCAAAAUAGUGUUGACUUUUAUUAAUCAA